AUGUCUGAUCGCGCCUCCUCGGCAUCAUUUCGAGUAGGACCUCCAUCACCAUCGUCUCCCGCCGCAGGAGCUCUCAAGCAGAACCAGUUGCCAGCUCCCUUGUCCGAUCGAAUUCCACAGACUCCGACAUCACCUCCGUUGAUGUCGGUAAGCGCCCAGAACUAUGCCACCAACUUUGUAUCCUCGCAAGCAUCACCUAACCAGGCGACCUCUCAAUCCGCAACUCUCUCAUCACCCCCGUCUUCCGCUCCGAUGUCCACUCAAGCCUCGCAACAACCGACGGUAGGUACGGCGAAUUCGUUUCCGACGCCGGCCAGCAGCGUGAGCGGGCACUUCCCGGGUGCGACUUCCUUCGAUGAUUCUGAACAUACAGAUAAGUCAAUGGGCUCGGCAGCUCCAGACACUGGUGCGCAAGCAGCGAAUAUGAAUGCCGCGGCCAUACAGCAGGCGGAACACAGACGGACAGAUCAUGACCGGCAUACAGAAGGUAUAAAUAUGGAAGUUGGAGUCCGCGAUUUUGCUGCGAACAAUGGAGGCGACGCUAUGGAUAUCGAUAGUGAGGCGCCGGCUUCAUCCAGUCGCAGUGAGCCAAGCUUGGAAUCCCUGCAGAAGAACUUUUCGUCUGCCUUUCAUGUUUGCAAAAGCUCCCAUAUUGCGACUGGACCGGAUCCGUCGCUAGACCUCAUCUCACUCUACGGAUUAGGUCCAGUGGCAAAGUCUGUUGCUCGGAUGGAUCCUGUAACGGGCGAGAAGAUCAACAGGCUCAGGAAAUCUUAUGAAGGAAAACUGAAGGGCUUGGGACUCGCAGGGAGGAACAAGCCAGUGAAGACUGAGCCUGGUGCGCCCGGCAGCCUUAGGCACAUGACCAUGUGGCCAGAGGAAGAAUGGCAAAACCAGAAGGUGUUCGGGAAGGAGAUCAAGGUAGCGGACAUGGACUCUGCGCUGCAUAACUUGCAGAUGAGGGCCAUGAAAAUGGAGCCGGGUACGGUACCGAACAAUGAGUAUUGGGAAGAUGUUCUGGGCCACGAGAAGCCAUCUAAACACGCCGGUGGCGACGCCAGCAAAAAGGGCGUCGCACCCCCUCCCAAUGGAGUCCGGAUUUCCCAACCGAAUGGAACCCCAGCGCCUGUUUCAGACCAAGAGCGAGCCCGGCCCAGCAGGGGACGUAAACGGCAUUACGACGACAACAGCUUUGUUGGAUACGGCGAAGGUUACGCAGACGACGAUGACGAUGGGGCAUUUUAUUCAAACAGUGAAGGCAUGGGGAAGAAAAAACGGAAGAAGGACCACGUUUCGAAGAUAUCUACCCCUCUACCUGACCGAGGUGGAAGUUACGGGUUUGGUAUGUUUGGGAUCGGGGCCAGGUAA